UUACCUCUGCUAUUUCCAACUGCAACUCCGUCGAGAGGGGCGGCCAUGGAUAAAAUCGAGCACCGGAAUAUACCCAUCAACGGCCUCAAUAUGCACGUCGCCGAAAUCGGCAAAGGCCCCUUAGUCCUCUUCCUCCACGGCUUCCCGGAGCUAUGGUACUCCUGGCGCCACCAGAUGCUCUUCCUGGCGGAGCGCGGGUUCCGCGCGGUGGCGCCGGACAUGAGAGGAUACGGCGACACCACCGGGGCUCCCCUCCACGAACCUUCCAAGUUCACCAUUUUCCACGUGGUCGGCGACCUAAUUCUGCUCCUGGAUGCCAUCGGAAACGAAGAUGAUAAGGUGUUCGUCGUCGGCCACGAUUGGGGCGCCAUGAUCGCCUGGAUGCUCUGCCUCUACAGGCCAGACAGAGUGAAAGCUCUCGUCAAUCUGAGCGUUGCUUUUCCUCGAAUUCAUCCGCAGACGAGCUUUGUGGAAGCUUCUCGAAGACUCUUCGGCGAUGAUUACUACAUCAGCAGGUUUCAGGAACCAGGCGAAAUCGAAGCAGAUUUCGCGAGGAUAGGCGCGAAGGAAAUUCUGAAAUAUGUGUUCGCAUUUCGAACACCAGGUCCUCUCUUUUUCCCAAAGAACGCGGACCCUAGCUACUACGCUGCUGAUCGUCCGCCAUGGCUAACUGAAGAAGACCUCGGCUACUACGCUAGCAAGUUCCAGCAGAGCGGCUUCACCGGCGGAGUGAAUUACUACCGCGCUCUUGAUCUAAGUUGGGAACUGCAUGGGGCUUUUGUUGGAGCAAAAAUAGUGGUGCCAACAAAGUUUAUCGUGGGAGAUCUAGACCUGACCUAUCACAUGCCAGGUGUGCAAGACUUCAUCCACAAAGGAGAGUUCCAGAAACAUGUGCCCUCGUUGAAGGAAGUUGUGGUGAUUGAAGGGGCUGCUCACUUUAUCAAUCAGGAGAGGGCAGAUGAUAUCAACCAACAUAUCCACGACUUCCUCACCCAAUUCUGAUGAAAUAUAUAUAUAUAUACAUACAAAUGAAGAAUGAAUGAUAAUGGAACAACCAUAUAUAAGAAGAAUAAUAAUAAAAACGGUUAUUGUGGUUUGAAAUUCUUUA